AGCUAGUCCGUCAUAGAUCCACCCAUAGACCUCCUUUGCUGUAAACCAGUAAUUCCCUGCCUCCUCUUCCUGCUAGUAUUUCAGUCCAGAAGUUAAGGACUGCGAAACUGAAGAUUUAAUUCCUUCCGUAGUAGUCAACAUUUAGGGAAGAGAGAAACAAUGCUUCGGGUGAUUGUGGAAUCUGCUACCAAUAUCCCUAAAACCAAGUUUGGGAAACCAGAUCCUAUCGUUUCUGUUAUUUUUAAAGAUGAAAAAAAGAAAACAAAGAAAAUUGAAAAUGAACUCAAUCCUGUUUGGAAUGAGAUUGUUGAAUUUGACUUGAAAGGAAUUGCUCUGGAUAAUUCAUCUUCCCUAACAAUUAUUGUGAAGGAUUUUGAAACAAUUGGACAAAACAAAUUAAUUGGCAGUGCAUCGGUAGCACUUAAAGAUCUUGUAGGUAACCAAAGCAGAUCUUUUCCCUUCAAACUCAUACCUCUACUGAAUGAAAGGGGACAAGAAACUGGAGCAACGAUUGAUUUGGUAGUAGGAUAUGAGCCACCAGCUGGACCUGCAAAUCCAACUGAUCCAGGAGGGACCAGUGCACAGGAAGAUGGAGAAGAUGAUGGAGGUUAUGAGGAUGGGUUGGAUGGUCCAGUUGGUGGUAUCACACCAGCAGUUCCAGGUGGCACAAAGGAAGCCCAGCUGGCUAAACGCAUCACCAAAGGAAAGAAAACACGGAGAAUCCUCUCUAAUAAACCACAAGAUUUUCAGAUUCGUGUUAGAAUCAUUGAAGGUCGUCAGUUGCCUGGAAAUAACAUAAAGCCAGUAGUCAAAGUUCAUGUUUGUGGUCAGACACACCGGACAAGGAUCAAAAGAGGAAAUAACCCAUUUUUUGAUGAAAUAUUUUUCUACAAUGUCCACAUGACUCCUUUAGAGCUGCUCGAUGAAACCGUUAGCAUUCGGGUGUAUGAUUCUCACUCUCUGCGGGCAGACUGUCUAAUGGGUGAAUUUAAGAUUGACAUUGGCUAUGUUUAUGAUGAGCCUGGCCAUGCAGUCAUGAGAAAAUGGCUUUUGCUGAGUGAUCCUGAAGAUACAAAUUCAGGAGCCAAAGGCUAUAUGAAAGUCAGCAUAUUUGUCCUGGGAACUGGAGAUGAGCCACCAGUUGAAAAAAGGGAGAGAGAUAAUGAAAGUGAUGAUGUGGAGAGCAAUCUUUUAUUGCCUGCUGGGACUGCUCUUCGAUGGGUCACUUUCCUUCUCAAAAUCUACAGAGCUGAGGACAUUCCACAAAUGGAUGAUGCUUUUGCACAAACUGUCAAGGAAAUAUUUGGCGGAGAAGCAGACAAGAAAAACCUGGUAGAUCCAUUUGUAGAAGUUUCUUUUGCUGGAAAAAAGGUUUGCACAAACAUAAUUGAGAAAAAUGCUAAUCCAGAAUGGAAUCAAAUUAUUUAUCUUCAAAUCAAGUUUCCCUCGAUGUGUGAGAAAAUAAAACUUUCAGUUGUUGACUGGGAUCGACUGACAAAAAAUGAUGUAGUUGGAACAACAUAUUUAAGUCUCUCAAAAAUUGCUUCUUCUGGAGGAGAGGUUGAAGAUUUUUCAUCUUCGGGAACAGGGGCUUCAUCAUAUGAAGUAAACUCUGGAGAAACUGAAGUUGGCUUUUUACCAACAUUUGGGCCUUGUUACCUAAACUUUUAUGGAAGUCCAAGAGAAUACACUGGAUUUCCAGACCCAUAUGAUGAAUUAAACUUUGGAAAGGGAGAAGGAGUUGCAUAUAGAGGGAGAAUUCUGGUUGAACUAUCUACAUUAUCUGAAAGCAAGCCUGUUAAUAAAAAAUUAGAAAUGAUUCCUAAUGAUGACUUAUUGGUUGUCGAGAAGUACCAGCGCAGACGGAAGUUCUGCUUGGCUGCUGUGUUUCAUUCUGCCACGAUGCUGCAAGACACGGGGGAGCCCAUCCAGUUCGAGGUGAGCAUCGGCAACUACGGCAACAAGUUCGACAGCACCUGCAAACCCUUGGCAUCAACCACCCAGUACAGCCGCGCCGUCUUCGAUGGUAAUUAUUAUUACUACUUGCCAUGGGCUAACACAAAGCCUGUUGUAACACUGACUUCUUUUUGGGAGGACAUAAGUCAUAGAUUAGACCCUGUGAAUGUAAUCCUAAACAUGGCUGAAAGACUGCAAUCCAAUUUAGCCACCUUAAAAUCAGGAAUGCAGGCUAAAGUGUCUGAAAACAGAUUAGCUGAGAUGUGGUUGAAGCUGAUUGAUGAACUUACAGAAGACAUAAGUAAACCAUUUCCCCUCAUAGAAGGCAAAUCUAAUAUUACAGUCCUUGACACUCAGAUAGAAAAGCUGCGCCUCAAGUCUCUCAAACAGAUUGGAGAAGCAGCAGCAAGGCUGAGAAAUGAAGCUACUGAGGUGAAAGCCACUCUGACAGAAAUUGAGGACUGGUUGGAUAGAUUACUGCAACUGAGUGAAGAGCCACAGAACAGCAUGCCUGAUGUGAUCAUAUGGAUGAUCCGAGGGGAGAAAAGACUGGCCUAUGCUCGUGUUCCUGCACACCAAGUGCUGUACUCCACAGCAAGCCCCGAAUCGUCUGGUAAAUACUGUGGCAAGACCCAAACAAUCUUCUUAAAGUACCCACAGGACAAGACUAAAGAUGUCAAAAUGCCUGCAGAGCUGCGAAUCAACAUUUGGCUGGGGCUCAGUGCAGUUGAAAAGAAGUUCAAUCACUUUGCAGAGGGAACAUUCAGUGUUUUUGCAGAAAUGUAUGAAAAUCAGGCUCUGCUUUUUGGAAAGUGGGGUACCUCAGGACUUGUUGGUCGUCACAAGUUUUCUGAUGUUACAGGAAAAAUCAAACUGAAAAGAGAGUAUUUUCUACCCCCAAAGGGCUGGGACUGGGAAGGAGAAUGGAUGGUUGAUCCUGAAAGAAGUCUGUUGACCGAAGCUGAUGCUGGUCAUACUGAGUUUACUGAUGAAGUGUAUGAAAAUGAGAGUCGCUAUCCUGGAGGGGAAUGGAAAGCAUCUGAGGAGAGUUUCACAGACGUGAAUGGAGAAAAAGCCCCACCCCCACGCGAAUUCACAUGUCCUUUUGGAUGGGUGUGGGAAGAUGACGCUUGGAAAUCCGAUUUAAAUCGAGCAGUGGAUGAACAUGGGUGGGAAUAUGGAAUUACUAUUCCUCCAGACACUAAACCCAAGUCAUGGGUUGCUGCAGAGAAAAUGUACCACACACAUCGACGGCGAAGGCUGGUGCGGAAACGAAGGAGGGAGCAGUCUGAGGGAAUGACAGCAGGAAGGGGAAGGUCGUCCUAUGAAGACCAAGAAGGAUGGGAAUAUGCUUCCUUGAUUGGCUGGAAAUUUCACUGGGAGCAGCGCAGUUCUGAUACUUUCCGUCGAAGACGAUGGAGACGGAAAAUGGCUCCCUCAGAGACACAUGGUGCUGCAGCUAUCUUUAAACUUGAAGGUGCUUUGGGAGCAGACAAUAGUGCUGAUGAUGGAGAAGGAAAGAGUUCAGACAAAGCCAAGGAGUCAGCUACAACAGUGUUUGGUGCCAAUACACCAAUGGUUUCCUGCUAUUUUGACAGAGUAUAUACUUACCAUCUUCGUUGUUACAUCUACCAGGCAAGAAACCUCAUGGCUUUAGACAAAGACAGUUUUUCAGAUCCAUAUGCUCAUGUUUCUUUCCUCCAUCAAAGCAAAACAACUGAGAUCAUUCAUUCAACUCUAAAUCCUACAUGGGACCAAACUCUCAUAUUUAAUGAAAUUGAGAUCUAUGGGGACCCACAGUCAAUAGCCCAAAACCCACCUAAGGUUGUUAUUGAACUUUUUGACAGUGACCAAGUGGGUAAAGAUGAAUUCCUUGGAAGAAGUGUUUGUUCCCCCAUGGUCAAGUUAACACCAGAAGACGACAUCACACCAAAACUGCUCUGGUAUCCUGUAACAAAUAAUGGCAAAGCUUGUGGAGACAUUCUUUUUGCUGCAGAACUUAUUUUGAGAGACAAGGGUGGUACCAACCUUCCAAUUCUUCCAUCACAAAGGGCACCAAAGCUUUACAUGGUUCCUCAAGGAAUCAGACCAGUAGUUCAACUCACUGCUGUUGAGAUUCUGGCCUGGGGGUUGCGAAACAUGAAAAACUACCAACUGGCACCUGUUAUGUCUCCAAGUCUAAUUGUGGAAUGUGGGGGUCAAAUGGUGGAAUCUGUGGUGAUCAAAAACCUCAAAAAGACACCGAAUUUUCCAUCUUCUGUUCUCUUCAUGAAAGUUCUGUUACCAAAAGAGGAGUUAUACAGUCCAUCCCUUGUUAUUAAAGUAGUAGACCACAGACCAUUUGGAAGGAAGCCCAUCGUGGGACAAUGUACUAUUGAUUUACUGGAAAGCUUUCGCUGUGACCCCUACACCACCAAAGAGGACAUUGCACCACAGCUGAAAGUUAGUCUGCUCUCUGCUGCACCUCUCCAGGAUACAGUAAUUGAUAUGGAAGACACACAGCCACUGCUAACAGCUCAGUGUUUAAGCAGUAUGUCAGCAGCACUCAGCAAAAUGGCUUCUCCAACUGCAGUGCAUCUCACAGAAAAGGAGGAAGAAAUUGUUGACUGGUGGAGCAAAUUUUAUGCUUCAAUAGGAGAAUAUGAAAAAUGUGGACAGUACAUUAAAAAAGGAUAUGACACUUUAAAGGUGUAUGACUGUGAAUUAGAAAAAGUACCUGAAUUCAAUAACUUAACAGAUUUCUGUGAUACAUUUAAACUAUACAGAGGGAAAUCUGAGGAGAGUGAUGAUCCAUCCGUGGUCGGGGAAUUCAAGGGCUCGUUCAGGAUCUAUGCCUUGCCCGACGACCCCGGCGUGCCAGCCCCGCCUCGGCAGUUCCGCGAGCUGCCUGACAGCGGGCCCCAGGAGUGCAUCGUGAGGAUCUACAUCGUGCGAGCCCUGCAGCUCCAGCCCCAGGACAACAACGGGCUGUGUGAUCCUUAUAUAAAAAUAACUCUCAGUAAAAAAGUGAUUGAAGACAGAGAUCAUUACGUGCCUAAUACCCUCAACCCAAUCUUUGGCAGAAUGUAUGAACUCAGCUGCUUCUUGCCUCAAGAAAAGGAUCUGAAAAUUUCAGUCUACGAUUAUGAUGCAUUGACUCGUGAUGAAAAAGUGGGUGAAACCAUAAUUGAUCUGGAAAACAGAUUCCUUUCUCGUUAUGGAUCUCACUGUGGUAUCCCCCAGCAGUACUGGAUUUCAGGUGUGAACACCUGGCGUGAUCAACUAAAACCCACCCAGUUAUUGCAAAAUGUAGCCAGGUUUAAAGGCUAUGCUCCUCCUGUCCUCUCUGAGAAUGGCAGAAAGAUUAACUAUGGGGGUCAAGACUAUACUUUGGAGGAUGCUGAAGCUAACAAAAUCUUGCAUCAGCAUCUUGGCCCGGGUGAAGAGCGGUUAGCCCUUCAUAUCCUCAGAACCCAGGGUUUGGUUCCUGAACAUGUGGAAACAAGAACCUUGUAUAGCACUUUCCAGCCCAACAUCUCCCAGGGAAAGCUGCAGAUGUGGGUGGAUGUUUUCCCCAAAAGCUUAGGCCCACCAGGCCCUCCAUUCAACAUCACUCCCCGAAAAGCCAAGAAGUACGUCCUGCGUGUGAUCAUCUGGAACACCAAAGAUGUCCUUCUGGAUGAAAAGAGCAUCACUGGAGAAGAAAUGAGUGACAUUUAUGUGAAGGGAUGGAUGCCUGGUAAUGAAGAAAAUAAGCAGAAAACUGAUGUUCACUACCGAUCAUUAGAUGGCGAAGGGAACUUUAACUGGAGAUUUGUUUUUCCUUUUGACUAUCUCCCAGCAGAGCAACUCUGUUUAGUUUCCAAAAAGGAACAUUUUUGGAGUCUUGACAAGACAGAAUUCAGAAUCCCACCCAAACUGAUCAUUCAGAUAUGGGAUAAUGACAAGUUCUCCUUGGAUGACUAUCUGGGCUUUGUGGAACUUGAUUUACAUAAAACAAUCAUUCCAGCAAAAGUUCCUGAGAAGUGUAAUAUAGACAUGAUUCCAGAAUACAAAGCAGACAGUUCUCAGAAGGCUCCCAGGACUGCCUCUCUCUUUGAACAGAAAUCCAUGAAAGGAUGGUGGCCAUGUUAUGUUGAAAAGGAUGGCUCACGUAUUUUAGCGGGGAAGGUUGAAAUGACACUGGAAGUUGUCAAUGAAAAAGAAGCUGAGGAAAGGCCAGCUGGUAAAGGAAGAGAUGAACCCAACAUGAACCCUAAACUAGAUCUACCAAACCGGCCAGACACUUCCUUCCUUUGGUUUACAAAUCCCUGCAAGACCAUGAAAUUUAUUGUGUGGCGCAGGUUUAAAUGGCUCUUCCUAGGCCUCAUCAUUUUGCUGAUUCUCCUCCUGUUUGUGGCAGUGCUCCUCUACUCCCUGCCGAAUUAUUUAUCAAUGAAGAUUGUGAAACCAAUUUAAGGAAGAAUUUUUUACCUCAUCUUUUUAAAUAGUGCUGAAAUUUCGCCUCAGGCUGUGGACCAAAAUCAGCAAGGCUCUUCAUCCUUUGUAUCUGCUUGUAUUUAGAAUGGUAAAAUAGAUAAUUAAGACUUUCAAUAAGGUUAGCCAAGGUUCAAGAGGUCAUGGAAGGUGGUUUUUAAAAACAAGGAAUAACCCACAACCCCCAUAUAUUUUACUUCAGUGGUAUCUGUACAUGGUGAAGUUCUGACUUCGCUUUUAAAGUGGAUUUUUCAUAAAAAUCACUCAGAGGAGCUGCCUGCUAUUGCUAUCUCUGGUUUUUAACGGAUAUUUUCUUUUGAGAAUCCUUUUUGUUGGGCACACUUUGAAACUCUGCAUUUUAAAUUAAAGGAAAAGAAUCACUACUUACAAAUAUGUCUACCAAAGAAACAUGACAGUGCAACCAAAGGGUCAUACAUUGUUUCUAGUUCCAAAGUUUUCAUCAUCAUGCUGCUUAAAAUUCUUAAUUGCCAUGCUGUAGACUUGACAACACUAUACAGGUAUCCUGACAAAUUCAUAAACAUAGAAAUGAAUUAUACAUUGGGUUUUUUUAGUAUAAUUACAAAAUUUUAAAUAAACUUAUCCACAAGUAAAACACAAGUUUCCAAUUUUCUUCAACUGUUAAAAAACUACAAUGUAUUAGGACUUGUGUAGUACCUAUCAGAGGAUAUAAUGUCACAGACCUGGAAUUUAAGGUAUUUUUACUGUUAUCUGCACAGUGAAGAAUAAGGAAAUACUUCUACACAAAGUUCUCAUUAAUUUAUUCAUUAGUUAGGAAAUUAAUAAAGAAAUCUGUUGACUAGUUUCACUAUACUCCUUGUAUUUAGAGAUGAUCAUGAAUCAAAACACAGGAGGAUACAUGACCUAGAAUCAACCCUUGUUUGAAAUCUGAUCUGCACAUGGAAGUAUCUCAUUUUGCCUCAAUCUCCUCUCCCAAGGCAGAGUAAAAUAUAAUCUGCACUAAAAAUCAGGUUAUAGUCUGUGAUUCUAUCUCACUUUUAUGGAGGGCUGACACAGAAGCGCCUCUGAACAUCCUCUGGUCCUUGAAAUAAAGGAAGUCUGCAGCAGAACCUGAAAUCAGCAUUUGGUAUGAUUGUCACAUUUUUGACUGCAUAAAGACUUCAGCUGCCUUUAAAAAGAUGUCAAAAAUAACUACAAAAAUUGUUCUUUAAAAGCUUCUGUCAUUGCGUUUAGUGACAUACUUAACACUUUCAUAAAACACAGUACUGUAAAAUAAUAAGCAUGUACUUGUUGGGCAAAAUAAGUAACCUUAUUCUGUUGGAGGAAUUAGGGUAAAGGUCUAAUAUUAAAUAGCUUCCAUCAUGUGAAGUCCCAGUGGCUACAGAGUGGAGCAAGCAGCAGUCACACAGUCGCAGACAUAACACCACCCUUAGUUUUUUGUUGUCAAGAAACUCUCAAGCAUCUUGACCCUUGAAUGAGAGCUUAGAGCUGGAACUAAUCACUAUCCAGAUGGAUUGACCCUCCACUAAUGAUGAAAUAGCUCUCCAGAAAUAACCAGCAAUUUGCAUGAGCUAAUGUUUGAUCAUCCACUAUUAAAAUCUGUCUCAAUCAAUGCCAUAAAUCUGACACACGGUAAAAAUCACAGCAAACUUAUUUUCAUGCAGGACAAGAAAGUGUGCUGCUUCUAAGGGUUGUAAUUAGAAAGCAUUUAACUUCAAAGGGCGUGGAGCAGAGAUCCAAGCAAGCCUGUUCACAGAGCAUUUGACGAGUGGCAGGUACUGCCCUUCUGAGUGGAGUUCACCGUCUUCCAGAUGCCUUUUUGUUCAAGCAUGCAUAGGCUUGAUCGGUUCACUUCAAUUAGGCAGUGCUAUUAAAAACAUAACUGAAAAGUCUGAGAAGCCAUUCCGUCUGCCAGCCUGCCCCAGUAACAAACAAAAGACAGCACAUCUUCACAAGAAAGAAAAGGUCAUCAUUUAUAUUUACAUACAGUGCUAGUCAAAUCUGUAAUCCCUGGUGCAGCUGCUGUGCAUGACUCCAACAUGCAACAAGUUUUUGUCUAGCUGGAGCAGUUACCAAAGACCGAGCUCUGUGUUGGGACCAAUUUGGUGCUGCUCUCACCAUCCACCAAUGACUGGGAUGUUAAGUUUGGCCAGUCCAGCUCUGAACCACUCCAGUUACCAGCAGCUGAGGAAAAAGGCCUGUGAGGCCACAGAAAAGUGGGCAGAAUGUAGAUGCUCCUGAUACCACUCCCCCUAUUAAAGGAAAUUACUUAAUCCAGGGAAUUCCUCCUCCUAUGAGUUUGUUUUUUCAGCCAGCUGGAACAGCCAGGGAAAGGCUAAAGCUAAACUGACAAUGCUUAUAACAAAAAAUGGGUAGGUAGCAGCAGGAUGUCAGAGUCAUCCUGCCUCUGCCAUCACACAGGUUUAGACACCAGUGGCUGCAUCUUUGAUGCACUCAGGUAUCCAAGCAGCAUAUCCAAGCAUUCCUAUCACUGCUUGCUGUAGUCGCCCCACACCCUGACUACUGGAAUGGGCUGUAAGGAAGUUAACAGCUACUGUCAUGUACUUUACAAAAAGCCAUCAUGUAAUUAAAGAUAAAAUAUUUGGAGAAACUUGCACCUAUACCAGCUCAGUGUAAAGAGGCAGUAAACUCAGGCAUAUUUACAAGCUGUUCUUGCAUUUCUUUGAACAACCACAAGAUGACAUCCCAAGUCUCGUGUGUUGGCGAAGGCCUUCCCGUACUUCUGUUUUAUUCCUACCCCAAAUACAUCUCACAUAUGGAGAUGAACAAGAUAUAUUUAGUAAUCAAGGAAGAACAGCCCCAUCAAGUCCAUUGCUUCUAAGUGUAUUUGAAAAACACUGCUGUAAGCACCUUUGGGACUUAUCUGUUACAUACAAAGUGACUCCAAGCCUGGCCCUUGCUGACCUUUAUGCUGUUGUAUCCACUCCUUGCCCCUACAUGCUUAAGUAUCUAUUGAGCAAUCCGAAAGCACUUUACUAAAGUGUGAAAUGGUAGCAUUCAGUGCUGCAUCUUGUGUCAAUGCUAGCUCAGCUAGUAAAUACCAUGCAGCUUUUUACACAGUACUUGCCAUUGCUCAGAGCUGCCAUGUCAUGUUUACAGACAGGGACAUGAAUUAAAAAAUUUUCCAUCAAAGAA